AUGGCGGAAGAGAAUUCUAAUGAUGUGAACCCUGAUGUGGAUCGUGGUUCAAGACCUCAUCCAACAACUAGGCCCACGUCCGAUAGAACAAUUCCGAUAUUCGAAGAAUUCAUGAGGCUCGGAACAAAUCGACGCGCAAGGUGGAAUUGGGAGAAUUUUCUUAAUCGUUCAACUGAAACUCAUGUUCAGGUUCCACAGGAACUAGUUCAUGUUCAUCAACCUAUUCCACCUAAUCCGCGCAACUCCUCCAUGGAAUCAAACAAUCCUAAUGUCAAUUCCAAUAGCGGAGGCGCAUUGCAGGCUGGAGAAGUAGGUGUUGCGGCUGUGACAUUAGAAGAAAAGGAUGAUGUUGUACAGGGUAGCUGCAAUGAUGGAGACUUUUUUAAGUGUUAUAUUUGUUUUGACCUGGCUAAUGAUCCUAUUGUGACUUCUUGUGGCCAUUUGUUUUGUUGGCCAUGCUUAUAUCAAUGGUUGAAUGUGCAUUCAAAUUCUAAUGAGUGUCCAGUUUGCAAGGGUAAGGUGAAUGUUAAGAAUUGUAUUCCAAUAUAUGGAGGUGGAAACAAUUCUCAUGUAAGUGAAGCAAAGGAUUCUGAUCCCAAAAUCCCUGCUAGGCCCCAAGCAAGUUUUGUUGAUUAUGUGAGGCAAACCUUUCAGGGAGAUCCAUUUUCACACCUUAUGGAAAUUAUGAUUCAGAGUGCUGGAAACACAGUCGGUCUUACUCAGGAUCCAUUCUGGCCAUAUAAUCCUGAAAAUGCUCGUCCUUCACAAGUUGAGGUUGAGAUUAUCGCUUCGUUAAUGAGAAGGCUAAGGACAUCACAAGACACGAGGAUUGAGAUGAAUUUCAUGGGGCCCCAAGAUGAUCUGGUGGGUUUGGUGAAUAACAAUGUUGGUGGAGGUUCUAGUAACCAAGAACACACUCCCCUUGUUGGUGAUACUUCAAGAAUACAUAAUUUAGUUCAGCCAAAUGAAUCAAACAAUGCUCGUCAUGAACAAGAUGAAGAUUCUACUUCCUUGGUGAGAAUGUUCAUGUCAUCUCGAGGCCUGAGGGUAGAUCUGGAUUUUAUAGAACCCCAGGAUGAUGUGGGUUUGUUGCAUAACAAUGUUGGUAGAGGUGGAAGAAAUCAAAAACGUCGCCCCCCUGAUGAUGCUUCAAUAGUACCUGAUGUCGAUAGAGGAGAUUAUCAAGUUCUAAAGCGUAGACGUUUCAACUGA